GAGAGAGACUGAGCAAGCGGAAACAAUUUCCAUAGAACAGCGGAAAAUGGAAGGAGGCAAAUCGCAGGCGGGGACGGUGAUCGACGUCACUGUGAAGUUCAGCGGGAGAUCGAUUCCUGUUUCGGUGCCGUUGGAUUCCGCCAUUAAAGACCUUAAAGCUCUUCUUCAACCCCUCACCAAUGUACUCCCCCGGGGCCAGAAGCUCAUCUUCAAGGGAAAGCUGUUGGCAGACGCCAUGACGUUGAGGGAAUCGGAGGUCACAAGUGGCGCCAAGAUCAUGCUUCUUGCCUCUCAGGGCCUCCACCAAGGGGAUGGGCCGAUACUGAAAAAUGCGGCAACCCGGCCAAUUUCAAGGGAUAAGAUGCCCAUAACCGAAAAGGGGAAAGCUAUAGUCCCUGACAAGAACCGCUUGGAACGCUGGAAAUCCACUGGGGUCAUCGCUUUGGCGGAAUGCAACUUAAAGGUAAUGCCAGAUGAUAUUUGGGGUUGUGGGACUUCUGCAAGAGCUCUCGAUAUCAGCAACAACUCUAUUCAAGAGAUACCAUCCAAGCUUGGCUGUUUGAGUUGCUUACAGGUGAAUAAACUUUUGACAUCCAUAACGAAAGAAUAACUGCAGCUCCUGUAGAGAGGAGGAAGAAAGCCCUAUCUGAUUGGUGCCUUUUUUUUUUUUGAUGAAUUGGUGCCUUUUUUUAUCAUAUACAUCUGCAGAAGAUUAUGAUGAAUGGAAAUGACAUUUUAGAUGAAUCUAUUUGCUGGGAAGCUCUAACCUCUCUGAAGCGUCUUACAACUCUAUAUCUCAGCCACAACCAUUUAACAGUGUUGCCCAAAGAAGUAGGUGGUUUGAAGUCUUUGAAGCAACUUCAUGUUUCAAACAACAAAUUGAAUAGCCUCCCAGUUGAGAUAGGACUUCUUACUGGCCUUGAAGUUUUGAGAGUAAACAAUAACAGGAUAAGCGCCAUUGAUCCAUCUAUCGGAAGCUGCAUUUCCCUUGUAGAGGUUGAUCUUUCCGCAAAUCUUUUGAUAAAUUUGCCAGAGACUUUUGGCAAUCUACGUAAUCUGAAGGCCUUACACCUCGGCAACAACGGAUUGAAGACCCUCCCUUCUGUGCUGUUUAAAAGUUGCACACAACUAUCAAUUCUAGAUCUGCACAACACGGAGAUCACGAUGGAGGUUCUCCGGCAUUUGGAAGGCUGGGAGGAUUUUGAUCGCCGACGUUGCUCAAAGCAUCAGAAGCAACUGGAUUUCCGGGUGAUGGGUUCUGGGGAGUUUGAUGAGGGUGCUGAUAAAAAUUGAGCAGGUGGUGGAAAAACCUGAACUGCAUGCUUUCUUGCGGUCUGCUGCCUACUUGUCACCCAAUUGGCAGUAGUAGUGUUGUAAGCUGGGAUUCUGGUCUCAACUUGAUUUGAUAUAUAGCUCAUGUUGUGAAUAGAACUAGUCACAGAAAUUGCACAGAACAGAGCUCAUUUUUGUCUAAAGUCGAUUGGUUAUUUACUUAUUUGAAUUCCAGGCAAGAUAACUUUCUUAAAACCAAUAAACCAUAUGGUUUGACAGAAGC